GAACCCGGAAGAGAUUUGCAGUGCAAUCGUUACAGCAGAUCAGCUGAUACAUCUCCAAAAUAAUAUCAACAAGGGGAGAAAAAUCCCCAUGAGAGAUUGAAACAGAUCCCCAGUAGCUAGUACAACUUUUUGAUUUAUUUAUUGCGUAUCUUUCUUUCAUCGUCGCCACCAUGAACGUGACGCUUGCGGUGAAGCAGUACAUUUCCAAAAUGAUCGAGAACAGCGGCCCUGGGAUGAAGGUGUUGCUUAUGGAUAAAGAGACGACCAGCAUCGUGAGUGUGGUGUACACCCAGUCUGAGAUCCUGCAGAAGGAGGUUUACCUGUUUGAGCGGAUCGACUCUCAGAAUAGAGAUAGCAUGAAGCACCUUAAAGCCAUCUGCUUCCUUCGUCCCACCAAGGAGAACGUAGAGCACCUCAUCCAAGAGCUACGAAGACCAAAGUACAGUGUCUACUUCAUCUACUUCAGUAAUGUGAUUAGCAAGAGUGAGAUUAAAGCUCUGGCUGAGGCCGAUGAACAGGAAGUGGUUGCUGAAGUGCAGGAGUUUUAUGGAGACUUCAUCGCUGUCAAUCCUCACGUUUUCUCCCUCAACUUGCAUGGAGUGGCCAGGGGCCGGGGCUGGGAGCCCUCCAUGCUGUCUCGCUGCACUCAGGGUCUGACCUCCGUCCUGCUUGCUCUGAAGAAAUGUCCAAUGAUCCGCUACCAGCUGUCCUCGGAUAUGUCCAAACGCCUCGCAGAAAGCGUCAAGCAAAUCAUUACAAAGGAAUACGAGCUUUUUGACUUCAGAAAGACUGAAGUUCCUCCUCUGCUUCUGAUCCUCGACCGCAGUGAUGACGCCAUCACACCGCUGCUUAACCAGUGGACGUACCAGGCGAUGGUUCACGAGUUGCUGGGUCUGAACAACAACAGGAUCGACUUGUCCAGAGUUCCAGGAGUCAGUAAAGACCUGAGAGAGGUGGUGCUGUCUGCUGAGAACGACGAGUUCUACGCUAAUAACUUGUACCUGAACUUUGGGGAGAUCGGCACCAACAUCAAAAACCUGAUGGAAGAUUUCCAGAAGAAGAAACCUAAAGAGCAACAGAAGCUGGAGUCGAUCUCCGACAUGAAGGCAUUUGUAGAUAACUACCCUCAGUUCAAGAAGAUGUCGGGCACCGUGUCCAAACAUGUGACUGUGGUGGGGGAGCUGUCCCGGCUGGUGUCAGAGCGGCAGCUGAUGGAGGUGUCGGAGGUGGAGCAGGACCUGGCCUGUCAGAACGACCACUCCAACGCUCAGCAGAACGUCCGAAGGAUGCUGCAGAAUCCCCGGGUGGCGGAGGUGGACGCCGUCCGCCUUGUCAUGCUCUACGCUUUGAGAUACGAGCGCCACAGCAGCAGCAUCCUGCCGUCUCUGAUGGAGGAGCUGAGCAAGAGGGGAGUGUCCGAACGCCACCGCAGGAUGGUUCAGUCUGUGGUUGAAUACGGCGGGAAGAGAAUCAGAGGAAGUGACCUCAUCACGCCGACAGAUGCCGUGGCCAUCACCAAACAGUUCUUCAAAGGACUCAAGGGUGUGGAGAACGUAUACACUCAGCAUCGACCUCUACUGCACGACACGCUCGAUCAGCUGAUUAAAGGAAGACUCAAAGACAGCCAGUUCCCUUACCUUGGACCUAGCAGCCUCAGAGACAGGCCUCAGGACAUCGUGGUGUUUCUGAUCGGUGGGGCCACGUAUGAAGAAGCUCUGGCUGUUUACAACCUGAACCGCAACACGCCCGGUGUCCGCAUUGUCCUGGGGGGGAGCAGCAUCCACAACACAAAGAGUUUCCUGGAGGAAGUGAUGCUGUCCACAGGACACAGCGGCGGCAGUGACAGAGCGCAGGGGAGUGUUCGCCACGGCUACAGACGCUGAACACCGUCCCUUCUCUUCUCCUUCUUCACUUUCAUUCCCUCAGUUUAUGUCCAUGUCUCUAAGCCUAAAGGAGCAAUUCAACAUUUCUCUGAAGCAUCUGACCAUCAGACGGGGACACAGAAGUGUUUCUGUUCAAAAGAAGGACGCGGUCAGAAUAUCAGGAAUGCAGUUUGAUAUGAGAACAUCACAGAAAUGCAAACAGCUGUAUUUGACUGUUCAGACUGAGCUGAGUGAUAUUUAACAUGUAAUUUGCCACAAUGUUGUUUUGUGCACCAAAGGCUGUAACAAUUCUCUAAAUUCCCAAAGUGCAUUAAUGAGGCACUUUGGGUGAGUCAGUUCGGCUUAUAAAAGAAAUUGAAUAAGAUCCAGAUGGCAGCUGGUCGAUUUUCUUACAGCUGCAAACUGGUUACACAAACGUACCAUUCAUGACAUCAACACCCCAGUUUCUGCUGCUUUGAGGGAUAACUCUACUAAAACGCUGUUUCAAUGGAGUGUUUUACAGCCUGACAAACCAAAAAUGUUCUCAAAUUACAUCCAGAAAGAGUCUGAUCCACUGUUUUUCUUACUGGUGUCACUAACACUGUUGGAUCUGUGAAUAUUCCGUGUGCCCCAUAUAAGUGUCUGUGUGGCUGAAUGUGAAAAGGUUCAUAUUAAAAUACCAAUAAGAUACAAUAAGGAUAUAUUAGGCUUUUUUCGUUUGUUUGUUUAAUUAAAACUGUACCUUGAUUUGAUGUUAUUAUUUGUUGUUUGUUUUGUUUCCAGGAUUCAAACCGUGCUGUGGGGAUGCAGUGCUACCCACCACAACCUUUUUUAUAACUCAGAUGAACCCAUUAAAACACAGCUUAUCUGAAGAAAAAUAAAUAAACGAAUAAAACUUGGAUCCGUGGCAUAAGAAUGGCUUACAUUGCAAAUCUGUCUUGACAAAUUCAUUUGACUUGCAGCUUUUAGUUUGACUGAGAUGGGCUUGUUUCACAGCUUCCCAAGUCUUCUGUUAGUCCAUCAGUUUUUACAUUAUUGCUCAUAAUAAAUGACACAAACUUGAAGAUUAACGAUGUAAUUCCUGUCUGACAAGGCUUAACAUUUAGACCUGUUGGGGUAAGAUUCCCUUGAAGACUUGCCGCCAAUGUUGGUAAGUUGAAUUUAAAUAUGUAAAUAUACCAAAUACUACAAGCUUAAUAUGUG